GUAGAAUGUAAUCGGGGAAGAAAAAGGAAGAGGAGUUUGUACUGCUGCUGAAGCAGGAGCUGUACCGAGCACUGGUGUGGAAGUGGUUACGGGCAGCAGCAAUCAGCCCUAAAGGAAAUAGCUACAAUAAGGUAGCAAGGGCUACAUUGGCAUCAGUCUGGAGUAGGGGCGGACGGGCAAGUAGUUGUGGUCUGUACUGAUACAUCUGAAAGACAAGUGCCUUGAGGAAGUCCGAUUUCUUGUAUUUACAUUACGAUCUGCAUUUGCUGCUGUAUUUCUCCGGAUCGCAACAUGGGGAAAGCUUCGUUAUCUAUGGGAUCCCUCAUUUUUUGUUCCAUCCUGUUGCUGUUCCUGUCUUCGAAUGUGUUUGGAGAAUCUUGCCAGAAAGUUAAAUUAAUUGUGCCUUCCAAAUUAUAUUCUGGCGCAUUAAUCGGCAAUGUUAACCUGAAACAUUGUGUCAACUCGGAUAACCUUCUCGCUCGAUCAAACAAUGAAGAUUUUGUUGUUUUGGAUGAUGGAUCAGUUUACGCAGGAAAAACUCUUUCAAUGUCUUCUUCAAAAAAGUCUUUUGCAAUUGUACUCAUGGAUCUACAUACCAUGAACGAGCACAAGAUUCCAGUGAAGUUGGUUACCAAAAAGAAGAUUGGUAAAACAAGGCACACAAGAGAUUUAGUGCUGAAGCGUAUUAAAAGAAGAUGGCGACCUCUGCCUUUUUCCAUCCUAGAAAACUACAUAGGGCCCUUCCCAUGUUUUGUUCAACAGAUCCAGUCAGACACACAGGAGAACUACACGAUUACAUACUCUCUUACUGGAGAAGGUGUCGACCAACCACCGAUGAAUUUAUUUUAUAUAGACCCACCUUCAGGGAACAUAUUUGUAACUCAAAGAGUAGAUCGUGAAACAUACUCUUCCUUUAGUCUAAUGGCUAAUGCAUUUACCAAGGAUGGAUAUUCACCAGAAUUGCCCCUUCCCGUUGAAAUAAAAGUUGAAGAUGACAAUGAUAAUGCACCACAGUUUACAGAAGAAACAUUUUGUGUUGAAGUAUAUGAACACACCAAAGCAGGUGUAAUUAUCGGAAGAGUCAAUGCCACAGAUCGUGAUGAACCGAACAGCUUGCAUACAAAGCUACGAUAUACUCUCAUUAGUCAGUUUCCUACAUCACCUGUAAUGUUUUCUAUCCAUCCUGACUAUGGCAUUAUCACUACAAUAUCAGACAGACUUGAUAGAGAAGUACUGGAUACUUAUUUACUUCUACUUGAAGUACGUGAUAUGGGUGGACAACCCUAUGGUUUAUCCUCAACAGGAACAGUGUCCAUAACUGUUUUGGAUAAAAAUGACCAUCAACCAUUUUUUCUUGCAUCAUCUUACCAGACAGAAGUUAAUGAAAACGAAAGUGGAAUGGUCAUACUCAGGAUUCCUAUAAAGGACAAUGACAUGGUAAACACACCGAAUUGGAGAGUUGUGUAUUCAAUACUAAAAGGAAAUGAGAGAGGAUGGUUCAACAUUACAACAGAUCCAAACACCAAUGAAGGGCUUCUAAGUGUUAUCAAGGGGUUGAACUAUGAAGAAACACCAAGAAUCCAGUUAGAGGUGGGAGCUGCUAAUGAAGCGAAUCUUAUAUCUGUGUCAGGAACAAAAAGUGUAGGCAUGAGCACUGUCCCAGUCCUUGUAAUUGUACGAAAUGUGGAUGAAGGACCUGAGUUCCAACCACUUAUUAAAAUAAUACGAACUAGGGAGAACCAGACUAUUGGCACAGUAAUUGGACAAUACCAAGCAAUAGAUCCUGAAACAAAAAACAGUAACGGCAUAAGGUACAGCAAACUGGAAGAUAAAUUUAUGUGGGUGAAUAUUGAUGCAAACACUGGUCAGAUAACUACUGCAAAGGUUUUGGAUUAUGAAUCAAAUGAAGCGCCUACUCACCAGUAUAAUGUAACUAUUCUUGCCACGGAUUCAAGUGGCAAGACUGGCACAGGUACACUUGUGAUAAACCUUGACGAUGUCAAUGAUAAUAGUCCAGAAAUUUCAAGGAAGGAGUAUAAUAUUUGCCAAAUGGGAAGAAAAUAUGCAGAAAUUGUAGCAACGGAUGCAGAUGCUAGUCCCAACUCUUCACCUUUAAAAUUCAGUCUGGAUACAAGUAGUGAUGCAUCAAUUGGAAGAAAUUGGAAGCUUGACCAAAUUGAUGGGACAACAAUGCGCCUUCAGGAAAUCAACGACCUUCCUCUUGGAACUCACAACGUUUAUAUUAACGUGGUUGAUCAACAAGGCCAAGGUCGUACUCAGAUAGUGACCAUUAAUAAAUGCAGUUGCCCUGAUAGUUUGAAUUGUGGUUCUCUUCAAAGAACAAGUUCAAAUGUUGCCCUUGGUGGAUUGGCUAUUUUACUUAUGGUGAUCUCAGCGUUGUUAUUGGCCGCGUUCCUUUGUUUCUUGCUAAGUUGCCUCUGUGGUGCUGGAGCCAAAACCCCUGCAUUUCCAGAUGAUUCAGCCCAACAGAAUCUAAUAGUUACAAAUACAGAAGCACCUGGAGCUGAUGUGAUGGAUCAAAAUUUUAAAAUUCCUGUGCACAUAGCCAAUCCUAAUGUCGCAGGAACUGCUAAUUCUAAUUCAAGUGUAAAAGGGAUUGGAGGAAGAGGACAGAAUGAAAGUGGACAGCAAAUUAUCCAAUCAAGAGCAGGACAUCUGACAGAGUCUGGCCAGAAUCAGUUUGAGACAAUGCGAGGACUUCAGACAAUGGACUCCCGCAAACAUUAUUCUGAAUGGCAAAGUUUUAUGAAUACCCAUAUUGGAGAUAAAUUGUACAUGUGUGGACAGGAUGAAGAACACCAGCAUGGAGAAGAUUAUAUUCUCCCUUACAACUAUGAAGGAAAAGGAUCCUUGGCUGGGUCAGUUGGAUGCUGCAGUGAAUUUAAGGGUGAAGAAGAAAGAAUGGACUAUUUAAAUCAUCUUGAACCAAAAUUUAGGACAUUAGCUGAAGUCUGUGCAAAGAAGUAAACUCAUCACUACCCAAGAAAUAAGCUUUGUUUCUGUACAUGUAACUAAUAUGCAAGCAGGUCUGAGCUAUAACUGUUAAAGUGAUAUGAAAACUAUUUUGCCAUUCAGACAGAGCAUACAAUUUUUAAAAUACGUUUUCAAUGAACUUUUAUUAUUAAAUUUGCUUUGUUCCUAUGGUAUUUGUUGAAGAGAUACCUAGGUAUGUGUCUGGAGCUCUAUAUGGGAGGAAAUAGUGCUACCAUCUAGUGCUUUUGCAAAUGGAUAGUCUUGCAAAACUGCUGCCAUAUGGAAAAUUUCAACAAAAGAUACCAAGAGAAUGAAGAAAAUUUGAUAAUAGUAGUCAAUUAGAAAGUUAAUUAAAAUUACAUGUUCUAUUACAAUCAUGAAAGAAAUCUUUUUGGUUUCAUAUCCCUUUAAGACUGGCUAUCUUGUAUUUUUUUUUAAUUUUUCUAAUGUCAUUUUACAAGCAACAAAAAUAAUAGUAUAAAGGUAAUCUUAGUAAUGUAAGAAAUGUUAUUGAUUAUAUUUGAUGUUUCCAUAAAGUAUUCAGAGAGUUUUCUCAUUGCUGCACGUGAUUGCAGUUUUAAGUGCAAUUCACUACUCUUUGGAAGUAGUAUAAAUUUGUAAAUGCAAAUAGACACUUUAGUUGUUGGGUUGCUUUUUUUUUUUUUAAUAAACUGAAGUAGAUUUUUUUUCACUUUUUUUUUUAGGUUUUUUUUUUAUUUUUUUUAUUUUUGGUUUAAAUGAUUGUGAUAUAAAUUUUAUGAGUUCAACACCUCCAAAAUCAUUACAAAAUUAAACUGUCCUACAAAUCAUGCAUUAUUUUCUUUGUAUGUGAGCGAGUAAUGCUCCACAAUAUUUUUUUUAAGCAAAAAUCGUCAAGUUGGCCAUGAAAGUCCCCAAAACCUUUAUACAGGUCCAUAUACAGUUAAAUGAGGGUGGCUCUGUAAGUUGUCUGACAUGCUUGUAUUCUAAACUCUAAAUGAAAUGUUAAAUAAAAGGUUGUAUUUUUUUAUAGUCUUAUACCCAAUAUCUGUAGAUAUAAAAUAUUGAAUGUUCAGUGCAGCAUAUGACGAUUAUAGCUUAAUUCCAGACUCUAAAUCUAUUUGUGUUGCUUGUAAACGUGUAAAUAUUAUUCAUUGUGUAUUUUCAAUUUAUCUUUUCACUUAAUUUGACCUUUAAUCUUUCUAAUACUUUAACACACUUAGUUGUUUAUUAAUUAUUUUUUUUUGUGUGUGAAAGCUGUAGAUACGACUGGUAAAGAUAAAGUUCUCAAAAAUUGUACUGGUUUAUAUUGACUAAUAACAUAUAAGGCGUUUUUAAAUUUAACGCCCAGCUCUGCAGAUUCGUGAAGUAUCAAAAGGUUUUUAAAGACCAUAUCUAUGGCAGAAUACUUUCCACAUAAUUUUGCUAUAAUUUCUUCUGCACAGACAUUUUUUUUUUUUAACAAAUUAUGUAAUUUGUAUAGUGUUAAGUCUUUUUUUUUUUUUAAGCUAGCCAAUUACACUGCUUGCGUGGGGAAAGUGUAUAAAUAAAAUGAACACUGGUGCCUUUAUAGUGGAAUAGGUAUCUUGCACUGAAUAGGUCUUUAUAAUUUUGUAAGUAAAUAAAUAUUUUUAUUUUAUUUUGAAACUGUAAGUUUUAGUUGUGUUUUACAUGUGUUUUUAGUAACUAAUGAAUAGCUCCCUUGACAAAACCAUUUAAAAGUACAUUUAUUUUUAUUCCCAUCAAACACAAACCCUUUUACGCCAAUAUGAGACCUAAAAAGCACAGAACAGCCUUUUGGAAGGCAUUUUAAAUAAUACCGGAUGCCUCAUUUUUAAAAGUACUGUGGGGUACAUCUACGCUCUGCCAGGGAAUAUUGGUCUAGAAUAUUACUGAAAUAGUCUCCAAUGAGCUUAACUGUUAAAGUAUUUUCAUACUUAUUAUUUACGUGUUUGUAUGUUAUGAAACACAAUUUACUGUAAAAUUGUCUUUAUCUUAAUGUGUUUCCAAUGACUUGCUAUACCAACUGCAGAGUAUAAAAUGUUUGAGAAAUAUAUAAUUUAUUUUUUAUUUUAAAUAGUGGGUUUUGUUUUUUGAAACCACAACCUAUUCAAAUGGGUUGAGUUUGCAGGAAAAACAGAUUUUCAUUAGUUUAUCACUUUUUGUACACACACACACACACACGCUGUUCUUUAUAUUAUCUCUGUAAACCAAAGCCCAACACUUAGAAUAUUUGAAAAUUAACAUGUUGUUUGAAAAUUAACAUGUUAUUGCUUAUCUCUUACUGGGAGUGUAAUUUAUUCUGCUGGCUAUGUUUACACAGGUUUUCUUUACCUACACUUAAACUUUUAAAAUGGGUAAGGAUACCACCAGAUAAUUCAGCUAUUUCAACUAUUUGUAAACAUUUUAAUACACUCCAGCAGGUAAAUUGGAUAAUUUUAAACAAAUUAGAGGUGAAAGAUUUAAGGUAAACUGUUCCUUUAAAUGUGACCGUGUGCACUAUUUUUUUUUUAAUGUCCAUUUGAUAUUAUCUGCCAUAUUACAGUACAUAAAACUUAAAGGGGUGUUUAACUACUAAAGUUGUUCUAAUGUAGAUUUUGAAUAUGUAUAUUGUAAUAUUUUAACUGCAUCUGUAUAAACUUUUUUAUUGCCAAAAAUAACUCAAUUGAUACUAUAGACAGAAUAGUAAAAAUCAUUGAAUGCAUAUUUAAUUGUAUACUAUUCUACAGACACCAAAGGUACAAUAAUAGUAGCAACAGAAAUUUUAAGCAACUGUCUUUAAAAGAAAAAAAAAAUCAUGUAGAAAUAUACCUAUAUCAUGAAUAAAUCCAUUUUGUUGAAAUAAAACAUAACUAAAUGUAACUAAAAAUUAAUAUUCGAUAAAAUAUUGUACAAAGACAUUAAAGUUUUAUACUACAAGUAAA